AUUAAAUUCUCUGUCUGCAGCAUCCGCCAGUCGGUCCGCGACGUUCGUUCGGUGUGGGACACACAGUUUGAGGCCUCUGUCCGGAGACCAGAGCAGUGGCUGGAACGUUUAGUGGUGUUGAGUGUGCUAAGAAAUUUUAUACAUGGAAAUCUGUUCGAACGAAAGUUUCCGCAAAGUGUAAAUUAGUGUGAAAAAUAGCGAAACAAAUUGUUCAAAAAAAAACGGCCAAAACGGAUUUUAUUGAACAAAAAGGUUUACACAACAUUAGAACAAUAUCACACAGAAUGGAACCACCGUUUCCGCCGGAUGUGGCACCCUUUACGCCAAUCUGGGGCCAGGAAGCCCCGUCACCGAUGGUACAUUAUCCGGAGCUGAUGGCCGGCUUUCCGUGUGCAGAUUUAGCUAUCUGGCCCCGGCAGCAGGUCGGCAGUUUCGUCAGCCAGCGGCUUUCGCCACGUGGCGCACAACCAGCACCGUCCAGUGGGUCGACAAAGAAAACGCGCCGCCGGGUAGCGUCGAUGGCACAGCGGCGCGCAGCCAACAUACGGGAACGGCGCCGCAUGUUCAAUCUGAACGAAGCGUUCGACAAGCUGCGCCGCAAAGUGCCCACCUUCGCGUACGAGAAACGGUUGUCGCGCAUCGAAACACUGCGCCUGGCGAUAACGUACAUUGGCUUCAUGUCGGAGCUGCUGGCCGGCACGCCCACCCACGACGGUCGUUCGCCCGAGCUGUACCCGGGUGUGCUGGCGACGACCGCCCAUCACGCCCCCCACCAUCACCAUCACCAGCAUCACCAUCAUCAUCACCAACAGCAGCAGCAGCAGCAACACAACAACCAUUCGGCGCAACAUCAGCAGUCGCAGCCGCCACAACAAUCGCACCACCAUGCGCACCUACAUCACCAGCAGCAACCGUCGCAGCCACACCACAGCCUGCAUGGAUCGGCCACGGCACCGGCAGGCUCGGUGGCAGCUGGAGCAACUACGGCAGCGACACACCACAUGCAUCAUCCAUCGCUGCAACGAGCGGCGGCCGCGGCGGCUGCAGUGGCCGCUGCUGCUGCUGCUGCAGGCGGCACGGGCACCGUCAAUGGUACCGAAUACCAUCCUGCGUACGGCACCGGAGCCGUACCGCACCAUGUGGUUUGAGCACGUGGAGCGACCGUUGGGUCUGGCACUGGCGUGGCGUCAGUUGGAUAGCCGGGUUGUGGUUUGGGUGGAUUGACCUUAUCGUUGAUGCUGUACUGUCGAAUAUUGUUGGUUGUUGGAAGCGAGGUCAGGUUCCGCGAGUGGCCCACGAUCAUCACUUCCACGAAUACAACGAAUAAACGAAAUGUUGAUGGACGCAUUUGCUACCGAGCAGGCACAACACA